AUGACUACUUCUCAGACAAAGGGCACAUCUCUUUCCUCGCCGACAAAAUCCAUCGUCUUCCGCGUGCGAGGACUGACGGCGGUCGACGGCGGAGAUGGUCUACAGCCAGGCUCAGCCUUGUCGUCGGCGAUCAAGUCACGCCUCAUCAGCGAUGAGGUAUCUCAAAUCCAGACCUCGGUCGCCAUCAUCUCCUCGUGUUAUGACGCAGGAAAGAAAGUUGGCCUGGUCGCUUUCCGCGGAGCGGUACCGUCGUUUCUCUCCACAGUAUUCAAGAACCCACUUCAGGAAAUUCAAAUCGAAGUGGGCGAGGAUGACGUUACCUUUGACUGCAACUUCUUUGGUUUCACCCAGCUCUACAACGUCAAGGCACCAGUUCUUGCAGAUGUCAUCGCCAUAACCGGGCUGGAUGGCCAUGCAUACGGCUCAUGGAGAGGAAAGGGAGAUCUGUCGAGAAUGUGGCUCCGCGACUUUUUGUCCCAAGAUCUUCCUCAAUGCCGUGUUUUGACCUACGGGUACAAUUCAAAAUUGACCGGCAAGAGCCGGGGGCUCGAAAGGAUCCUUGACUAUGGCAGAGGCUUUCUCGAAGAGAUUAAACAAGUUCGCACCACGGACGAGGAAAUGCGGCGACCUUUGUUUUUCAUCGCUCACAGUUUUGGAGGACUCAUCCUUGCCCAUAGUCUCGUGAAAGCCGUCCUCUCCGCAGACAGUGCCAAAGAGCUUGUCUACCAUGCUACUUACGCCAUCCUAUUCUUUGGAACUCCCCACCGGGGUCUGUCCGUUGAUGACAUCCGUGGGCUUCUGUCGGAUCAUGAUCAUCCAAGACACGGGUUGCUAGAUCAAAUCAAGCAUAACUCAGAUGCUGUGAUUGAUCAACUAGGCGACUUCAAGAAUAUCAUCCAGGAUAGGAAGAUUGUCAGCUUCUAUGAAGCGGAGCAAACCCCACAAUUGACAAAUGACAAUGCAGCUGGAAGAUGGCAGCGUACGGGUAGUUUCGCUACGGCCGUUGGGCCAGACUCGGCACUUCUUAAUUUGCCAGACCACAUGGAAGAGAAGAUCCCGCUGUCUUCUGAUCAUUCGAUGAUGGUCAAGUUUGAUUCAAAAGACAACAAAGGCUACCAGAUUGCCAUCAGUCGCCUUCGCAAAUUCGCGGAAGAGGCUAGCUCCACAGUCGCUACAAGAUUGAGCUUACAUACGCUACCUGAACAACGAGGCCAUAAGGGAGCGAGAGAGACUCCAAACGAUUCCGUCACGUUGGCGGAUGAUACAGUGGCCUCGAAGCCACCAAGCUGCUGCCGUGAUCGGCCGGAAGCCAGCUUCUCCCAGAAUGAUCUUGAGUCCCUGGCCUCCACUGCGUACGAGCUCUUCACUUCACUAAAAGUGAGGGCUUCAAGCACAGAUGGCACACUGAAAGAUGUUGAACAGCCUCUUUACAGCUUCAGGUGUGCUCUCAUUCACCUCACAAGCAACUUGGAUCUUGUUCUAUCAGGCCCCGAGCCUGCAGAAAAGCUUCAUGCUAUGGCAAUGAAAUUCGCGAGGACACUAAAGGCACUGCAUAAAUUUGUCGAUCAUGAAUCGGAGGACAUCGACAUCAAUGCUAUGAGAAACGACUUGAAGAGCCAUUCCGCAUAUGCGCAGAAGCUGCUGGACACUGUACUUACGUAA